AUGGACGGGGAUGAGGAGAACAUCGGGCCGUUCCGCCGGACGAGCGCCCGCACGCGCCGGAUGGCCACGCGCAUGGCAUCAGCUCUCGCCAGCUCUGACAACCGCUCCCAGGCUGCAUUAGCUCGCCUUGAAGCUCUUGAGAGUGAUAAUGCUGGGGUUGAGGUGGUAGAGCUUAAUGAUGAUGAGUAUGGAUCCACAGAUGAGGAAGACCUGGUUCUCAUGCAGAAGAAGCAGUCCAGGAUUAUGAAACGCAAGACAAGGCAAGGGAAAUCUUUGGAAAAGAGGACAGCAAGGUCAUUCAUGGAUGUCUUACAAGAAGAGUGGGUAGGUAAGGUAAGUGAUAGAAAACCAUUUUCUCCAGCAGUGCACUGCAGUUGCAAGACAACUAGAGUGCUAAUAAAUGGAAGUUCAUAG